UUAAUAGCUCAUACAGAUAUAUAUUAGCACCCUUCAUAUCUACUUAGCCAUAAUUCCUUAUUCAUUUGAUUCAUAUUCUUGUUCAUAAUUAAUUAGUUAACAAAGUAGUAACUCCCUAAUCAGACUUUCGGCGAGGCAAGGCCGAUUUCAAUAAUCCUUGCCUCCGCCAUUAUCACACACAAAUUAUUAAAAAUCUCUCAUCUAAUUCUUACUUUGUAUUAAUUAAUUAGUAUUAUUACCGUAAUUAAUGGCGGUAACCAUGUAUAGGCCCUUGUUUGUAUCAACUGGAAGGGAAGAAGAAGAGCUUCAAGGAAACGUUACCUACUUAAUAUCGCCAUCUUCUUCGUCGGGCGAGUCAUUAUCGGAGGAGGACAAAUUACAAUUGCUGCAAGAUAUUCCGGUGGCGGCAGCAGCGGCGGCCGCGUGGAAGAAGAGGAAGCGGGCGAUGUCGAAGCAGCUGUCGAUGAUUAAGACGGAAUGCGAAUCGGAGACGCCGCGGGACAUGGCGUGGGAGAGGCGGCGGAGGCAGAUUCAGACGCAAGAGCAGAGGCGGAACAGUAGCGGCAGCAUGCACGACGUGGACGAGGUGACGGACGAGGACCUUAAUGAGCUGAAAGGCUCCAUUGAAUUAGGGUUUGGAUUCAACGAAGAAGAUGGCCAGACACUUUGCAACACGUUGCCGGCUCUAGAUCUUUAUUUCGCCGUGAACCGCCAAGUUUCCGGUAGCACGGCGUCAACCCCUCGGAGCAUCUGCUGCCAUAGUCGUCGCUCUUCCUUUGGCAGCCCCGGCGUCCCUGUUGAUUCCGAUUCUUGGAAGAUUUGUAAUCCAGGGGAUGACCCUAAACACGUGAAGACAAAGUUAAGGCAUUGGGCUCAAGCGGUUGCUUGUUCUGUUAUAAUGCAAACUCAUUAAAUAAAGUCUGGGAUGGGAUAAAUCCAUGCGUGCUUUGAAUUUGUACAGAGGAAGAUAAAAUUAAUUAAUUAAAUAUACACAUAUAUAUAUAUACAUAUGUUUCUAUAUAUAGAUGCAGAAAGAAAUAGAGAAGAUAGAGAGAGCAAGAAGAACCAAGGAAAGGUGGUACCAACAGAAGGAAGAGGGAGUCCCUUCAAGUUUAUUAGUUAUAGUUUAUGGGCAUUUGUUGAUCUUAUUAUAUAUAUUAAAAAGAAAAGGCCAAAAUAUCAUAAGAAAAAAAAUGUGGAAAUUUGUUUUAAUUCGUUGGGGUUUUUCCCGUUGGAGCUAAACAAAUUCAAAGAUUUGGCUUCAAUGAGAGUAGUAGUGGUUGACUGGUUGGAGAUCAAUUAUAUAUGAUCUAAGCAAUCAUGCAUCACCUCAUGGGGUUAAUUCAAUUUCCUUUCAUUAACGAGUAAUUGUCUUUUUUUAAUUUCAUAUGACAAUAAUAAGAGGGAAAAUGUUACAUGCAAUAUAUAUUGGAUUAUUGUAUUUUGCAACACAAUGUUGC